UCGAAACUGAAAUCUUCCAGCACUUCCGCAGACGGAGGCAGUGCAGAGAGAGCCGUGUUCCGCAGUCCCCUGCAGAGGAUUCCUUCCCCGUCCCAGCUCAUGUCUGCUCCUUGGGCUGGGGUGGACUUCGGACACCGGACGGUGCAGGGGACUGGCAAACCCAGGUGAAGAACCAAAGAUGAGCAACUUACCCAAUAACUUAACUGAGUGGACCAAAGAGCAUGUGAAAUCCUGGGUGGUUGAUCAACUGAAACUUGAUCAGAAAUAUGGUGAGAUACUGUACAAUGAAGAUGUCAAUGGAAUGAUAUUGAUGCAACUUACAAAAGCAGACAUAAGUGAAAUGGAAAUAAAGGCUGGACCGGCUGCUGUGAUAAUACAUAGACGUGAUGAAUUUAUCAAAUGUUCAAAGAGAUCCACAAAGCAAACAACAAUGGACAGAUCCCUUUGUGCAGAGGCAAAUGCUUCAGGUGGCAAAGCGCCUGAUGUUAUUGGCACAGAGGGCCAGAACAAUAAAUCAGUUUCCUUGGAUCUAACUAUGAAACCCUCACCACAAGAACACAAGACAAACAGAAGAGUGGGAUCCAACAGCUCUCCUGUAGAUGAAGUGGCACGACCUAACUCAAGCCCCACAAAAUCCGAGGAAGGUGGGACCAAAGGACAGGAAUGUUCGCAAGAGAGGAUUGAUCCUGUUGCAAAGUCACAGCCUGCCACGGAAUCAGGAGCAAGAAAUUACAAACAACAGUUGAAAGAAAAUGCCUCAAAACCAAGAUGUGAGCCAUAUCCAUUUGACCAAGGUCACGUAGGUUCAAGGUAUAUACAGAACUACAUCCUUCCUCCUGAAGCAGGACCCUCCAAUCUACUAGACCCAGUGCAUGAGUUUAAGCUUUUUCAAGUGCCUGAGGGUGAACCAAAGGCAGACGUGAUGGAAGAUAUGAUGAAGAAAUUUACCAAUGACGUCUUUAGAUUCUCAGCUGCAUGUAUGAAUACCAGAACAAAUGGGACGAUCCAUUUUGGGGUAGGAGACACCAAAGGUGGAUAUGAACAUGGUGAGGUUAUAGGUGUGCCUGUGGAGAGCACUGAAAAAUAUGUUGAUUGUCUUUACAACAGUUUUGUUACUUACUUUGAUCAGAAGGAUGUUGCAGAUGCAAAAUUUUGCAUUAGACCACCCCGAUUUGUGGAGGUUUUGAACCCAGAUCAAACUUCAUUAAAAAGGUUUGUAAUUGAAGUUGACAUUGUACCAAACUCCAAGACUUGUGACUCUAAGUUGUAUUAUAUUCACAUGCUGACUAAAACUGACAAAAGAUGGAUGAGGAGUAAGGAGAAGCACUUGUUCAUACGUGAUGGAAGCAGCUCCAGAGAUAUUCUGGGAAAUAAAAACAUCACAGAGAAAGAGGCAGAGCACAGAAGAUUUCUCACUGAGACAUUAGUAGGCUUGGUAGAGAAGCGAAGAAAUGCUGAGAUGAAACCACAAAGGCCGACAAAAAAUCAAGAGGGCUACAAGCUGAUUAGGAUGAUUACUGGUGGUUCAGAAAUGAUUGACACAUCCUAUUACCAAUGGUACAUAUUGGUGACCAAUAAAUCGCAGCAGAAUCAAACUCAACAUUUAGAGUUUCUAAGAGAAAUUAAUUGGUUUUGUGUGCUAGAGUUCGAUCCUGAGUCUGUAAGCAGUGGUGUAUGUAAUUCAUAUCGUAAAGAGAGAACUGCAAAUCUUCACUUCCCAAGUCAUUUCCAGGAUAUUGAUGCAUCAAUUUGUGAAAACAUUGAAAAACUUAAAUUGUACAAACAAGCAAGCUGGAUAUUUUGUAAUGGAAGAUCGGAUCUAGAAGAUCAGGAAUAUAAGCCACUAACACCCAAACAGUGGUAUAAAAACCGAGCUGCAGACGUCAGGAAACUGGUUUCAUUUCUGUGCCGAUCAGAUAUCAUGCCGAAAGGGAAAUUUCUGGUACUGUUUUUGCUACUGUCAAAAGUAGAUGAUCAAAGAGAUCCCUUUCUUGAAACAUUCUGUUCAUUUUACCAGGAGCUGAAAGGGUCAGAAGACAUAAUGUGCAUCUGUGAAAGUGAGCAGACAUUCUUGCGCUGGAAGGACCUUAUGCAGUGCAGAUGUGAUUCACGGGAAGUUACAGAGAGAUGUGUUUCUGCCUUAAGCCUUGAGGAAGUCAAUGAUACUGUUCUGAAGUUAAAAUCAGUCACUCGGUCCACAAGGCGAUUCUUACCCUCAGCAUCUUUAGCGUCUGUUGUUCUUAAGAAGAAAGAUGAGGAACUCAUGUCUGCACUUGAAGUCCUGUGUGAAAAUGAAUGUGAGGGCACUGAAAUUGAAAAUGAUCAAAGUCAAUUUAAGGAAUUUCAAAAAUCCAGGGAAGAACAGUUUUACAGAGGUGGUAAAGCAACAUGGUGGAAUUUUUACUUUUCUACAAAAGUUCCCUUUAUCAAACGAAAAGGCUAUGCCCCUCUUGUUGACCUAAUUAAUGCAAAAUCACCUUCUGCAAUGUGUGUGAAGAUUAUCAGUUUAUUUCAUCAUCCAGGCUGUGGCGGGACAACUUUGGCCAUGCAUGUUUUGUGGGAUUCAAGAAAAAAGUUUCGAUGUGCUGUAUUGAGGAACAGUAAGGAAGAUUUCUUAGAAAUUGGAAGACAAGUCAUUGAUCUUGUUACCUAUGGAGCUUCCUGUAACUCUGAUUACUUACCUGUAUUACUUUUGGUGGAUGACUUUGAAGAAUUAGAAAAUGUGCACAUAUUACAGAGCUCAAUUCAAACUGCUGCUGCAGAGAAAGGACUCCGAUUUGAGAUGCCAUUGGUAAUCAUUUUAAACUGCAUGCGAUCACAGAAUCCAGUCAAAAUCUCAAAAAUGACCGUGUUGGAGAGUAUUGCCCUAGAACAUAAUUUGACUGUUGAUGAGCAGCGUUUAUUCAAGUUAAAACUUGAGGAAAUUGAAGAGCAACAUACAAAACCUGAAAAUUUCUACUCUUUCAUGUUCAUGAAGAGUAAUUUUGAUAAAAAGUACAUUGAAAAUUUAGUCCAUAAUUUAUUGAAGGAUUUGGAUAUUGCAAGCAAGCAGGCACAGCUGAUCUCAUUCUUGGCUUUGCUGAACUCGUAUGUUAAAGAUUCUUCCAUAUCAGUUUCAAAGUGUGAAGAAUUCUUGGGAUCAGGACAAGUGAAAACCACAUUUUGGGGUCCUGAAAAGUUUGAAGAUGUGAUAGGCCCUUACUCUACACUACUUAUCCGCACGGAAGUGGCAGAGUAUGGAAGGUACCAAGGCAUUCGGAUUAUCCACCCAUUGAUUGCAAGUGGCUGCUUAGACGAAUUGAAGUAUUCUUACAACCUUCCCAAGAGUACGAUUGCCUUUACGUUUCUCACUAAAGACAUCUUUCUCCAGCGUGGCAUUGGACGAGAAAAGGUCCUACAAGACACAUACAGUAUGUUGAUCACCAGACAGCGAAGGGAACAUGGAGAUGAAGCAGAUACUCUGUUCUCUCCUUUAAUUGAAGCAAUACAGAAGGAAGAAGGAAGUGAUCAGGUCAUAAAUGUUUUGACUGAAGCAUCAAACAAGUUUGACCAAAAUCCUUUCAUUUCACAGGCCUUGGCAAGACAUUUCUAUCUAAUUAAAAAGGAUUUUGAUUCAGCACUCAAAUGGGCUUUAAAGGCUAAAGAGCAAGCAAAAGACAAUUCCUACAUAAGAGAUACACUGGGCCAAGUUUUUAAAAGCAAGUUAAAGUACAGGAUGGAAUCAGUUGAAGCUGACAAACAAACUAUGGUGACUCCUAGUCAAAUGAAGGAGUUCCUGGAUCUUGCACAAUCUGCUUCAGAAGCUUUCAGAGAAUCACAGCAACUGACAGAAAAGAAAGAAGAUAGAGCUGAACCGAGGACCAGAUCAAAAUCUGAUGUUUACAAUACCUCUGGUUAUUUGGGAGAGAUUGAAGUUGCUCUGUAUGUUAUAGGUAUUAUCAAAAUGAUACCUUUCUUCAGUGGGGAGAAUGAAAUAAAUAAAAAGCAAUUAAUGUGUUUCCUUUCAGGUAACAUGAAUCUUCAGCAUAUUGAAAAGACCAACAAUGCUGAUGAAGAACUGUGUUCAAUACUUGUCGAAUAUAACCGAUACCUAAUUAGUAUUAAAACAUCUAUGAAGGCAGUUUUUGACUUUUUUGAAGACUAUUUUGUCUAUUUCAAAACAAAAAACAGUGAGAGAGAAGCAGCUGAAUUUAAGAUUCGCAAAAAGGUUUCAGAUUGUUUUCAUAAAUACUGCAGAGUAUUUUAUGAAUCACAGAUGGAAGCCUUCUCAGCAAGGAAGAGGAAUCCAAGGCUCAGCCUACCACUGGAGUUGGAAGAACACAGGAAGUUCUUAGAGCUUCACAGAGCAGACCGUUUUGCCGGUUUGCUUGAGUUCCUUACGAAUAAUUAUGAAACUCGGGACAGAAUGGAAGAAAUUGUCAUGAAGUACAAAUUUAUCCUCCAGAAUUCAAUAACGAGCAAAUUAGCAAAGCAGAAACAAAAUUUUAUCUUGGCCAACAUUGUGCUUAGCUGUGUUAAACCAAACUCCAAGAAAAUUGAAUCUUAUGCUAAACUUAGAGAGCUUUUGAAGGAAGUGCUGCAAGAUGUGGGGUUCAAUUGUGGUUUUGUUGAACCAUAUUUCUUGGGUUCCCUGUUAUUCUGGCCAACAAAAGAAAAUAAAAACGAUGAAGAUGUCAAAUUUCUUCUGAAAUGCAUGACAGCAAUCCGGCAGUCAUUCAGAGGGCGGUACGGGCGAAUGAGUCAAUCCAAGCAUCCUGUCGCACAUUUCUAUCUCUGCAAAGGAGAAGGUUUGAAGAGAUUUGUUCACAAAGCAAAAAUUGAUCAAUUUUUCGCCAAGGUGCCACAUCUCAAUUCCUUAUGGCAAUCUGGAGAAAUCUGGAAGGAAAAUGAAGUCAAAAACCUUCUCGUUCUCAUGAAUGGUAGAACAGGGGAGGAUAACAAGGUGCACAUAGAGUUUGGCAGCGUCAAAAUUCCUGUGAGGCCUGUAUAUUUGGGCAAGCUGAGAAGUGGUCUAAGCAUUGAGAAUGUAUCCUUCUAUUUGGGAUUCUCUAUGGAUGGACCAAUAGCAUACGAUAUUGAGACUGCAUAUUAAGAGUUACAGAUAUAGACUGUAGGUUACCAUUGAUACACAGCCUUGUACAUAAUUUUCUGUCUGACUGUUAAAAUAUUAGGUAUGUUUCUAAAUCAGGGAAGUGCAUGAUGUGAAAGAGAACCUGUAGGUGGUGGUGUCCCCAGGUGCCUUGCUGCCCUUGUUCUUGCUGCUGCAGGUCAUGGGUUUGCGAGGUCCUGUUGGAGUAGCCGUCCCAGAAACCAUCCUUCAUCCACUUUGAUUCACUGUGAUCAUGAAACAUCUGAGAGCACUGGAUAUAGCAAAGGCCACGGUACUGGUCAACAUCCCGUCUGUAGUGCUGAAGAUCUGCAGUCCAGAACUGGCUGCACUUCUGGUUGCAGCAAAGUUACAACACUGGCAUCAGCCCCGAGAUGUGGAAAUGACCCAAGAAUAUCCUGUUUGCAAAAAGCAGGACAAAUACAGUCUGGUUAAUUACCACCCUCGCCUCUCAGGCUCCUGUCAAUCAACACCAAAGUGAUGGAGGGUGUCACCAACAGUGGUAUCUAGCAGCCAUUUACCACUAACCUGCUCACUGAUGCCUAGUUCAGAUUUCGUAAACAAUGGUCCAAAAGAAGUUGCUUUAUUUCAUCGUAUGUACUUUGUGCAUGUAGUCGGAGGUCCUAGCCUGAGCCCCGCAGUCAACAUUGGGUUCCACCAGAACGCCCAAUCUAGUCGGCGUUCAUGAGGUCACUGUAUUUUGGAUGGUUAAGAAGGAUGUGACUUUGAAUAUUCAGCACCACCUGCUGCUCUCCGACAUUGAUGAUCUUAUAAUAUGUCUUGGCAGAAGCUGUCCGAACCUUCACCUCAAGGCUUCAUCUGGCAUGGCUGGCUCCAGUCAGUCAGAUCACUUUUGAGAUCUUGAGAUCGGAGGUCACCAGAACAUCAGUCAUUUUAUGGGCGCUAAAAAGCAGUAUGGCUAAACAGGAUUUAAAUUUGCACUGAGUUAGGAGUCAGAAGAUGCAGAAUACAAUGAAAGAUGUUGAUCGCUCAGCAUCCCUUCCUCUGCAGAUCACUUCAGCUUUCAAAGAGAAAAAGCAUUUUACAAAUGUGUGUGGAUCUCUUUCUCACAACUUCAUCUGAUGCAGAGCCCAAUCCAAAAGUGAUACACUUUGGAAGAUCGAAUUUGAAGGCAGAAUAUAAGGUUAAUGGCAGGACUCUUAGAAGUGUGGAGGAACAGAGGGAUCUUGGGAUCCACAUUCAUAGAUCCCUCAAGGUUGCCACGCAGGUCGAUAGGGUUGUUAAGAAGGCGCAUGGUGUGUUGGGCUUCAUUAGUCAUGGUAUUGAGUUCAAGAGCCGUGAGGUAAUGUUGCAGCUCGAGAGAACUCUGGUUAGACCACACUUGGAGUAUUGUGUUCAGUUCUGGUCACCUCACUAUAGGAAGGAUGCUUUAGAGAGGGUGCAGAGGAGAUUUACCAGGAUGCUGCCUGGAUUGGAGAGCAUGUCUUAUGAGGAUAGGUUGAGUGAGCUAGGGCUUUUCUCUUUGGAGAGAAGGAGGAUGAGAGGUGACUUGAUAGAGGUGUACAAGAUGAUAAGAGGCAUAGAUCGAGUAGACAGUCAGAGACUUGUUCCCAGGGCAACAAUGGCUAACACGAGGGGACAUAAUUUUAAGGUGAUUGGAGGAAGGUAUAAGGGGGAUGUCAGAGGUAUGUUUUUUACACAGAGAGUGGUGGGUGUGUGGAAUGCAGUGCCGGCAGAGGCGGUGGGGGCAGAUAUGUUUAAGAGACUCUUAGAUAGGCACAUGAAUGACAGAAAAAUGGAGGGCUAUGUGGGAGGGAAGGGUUAGAUAGAUCUUAGAGCAGGAUAAAAUAUUGGCACAACAUUGUGGGCCAAAGGGCCUGUACUGUGCUGUAGUGUUCUAUGUUCUAAAACAUGAGCCUGUAUUUUCAGCACUUGUAGUUUUUUUCUCGAUUCCAUAUUAUUCAGCUUUUUGCAAAAUACCGGGGAAAUAAUUGUCUACUUCAGUGGGAUUUCCCUGAUCAGAGUUGCCUUUUACUGAAAGUACUGCCAGUGGAAGGUAUACUUCAGGUAUCCAAUGCCUGAAGCUUCAAGGCCAGUAACAUCUACAUGGCACUCAGAAUCCCAGUAUGUUGUCAACUGCCAUAGAGGACGGGCUCUUCAAAUUGUCAAAUUAGGGACCACUGUUAACGUGACUUAAAUGGCUGGACAUGGCUCCCAGUGCACAAUCAUGUCGAAUAAUUGCAACUGUACGAAGGACUCAUAUGGGCCUGAGUUGGACCUCCCAGCCCACCUUCCCUGUUGUCAUGGGCAGACUCGUCCCAACGCCCCGUCUUCCACCGUAAGGAAUCUUCCUGUCGAGUGCUGGUUACCAUUUAGAUGCUUCUGCUGCCUUAAUUCUGCCACCACAAAGCUGGUACACACUGAGUAGGCACUUAUAUUUAAAUAAGCUUGUGCAAAAUCAGUUAUUUUUGCACUGAGACUAUACUAUCUGCCUCUGUUCCUAAUGAUUAAUGCAUACUUAUUCUAUUUUAAACAAACUUAUAAAACUUACUGGAAUGUAUACAAUCUUUUUUUAUGUAAAAUGCAUUCUUUGAGAAGGUGGUGUUUUUCCUUUUGUGCUUUUGUUACAUAAAGUAACCAGAAUGUACCUUCUAACACCUUUUUUAAGAUUAAGCAGUUUUUAUAGGAGAUGGUUGAAUUACUGUAUGUGCUUUAAUGAUGUAAGAAACUCUCUGCAGAAAUAUAAAUUCUAAACGUAUGUUUCUUGGGAUGAUCCCAUGGAUAGAGGAUCCCAGAGUAGGCAGGCACGGUGGUGUAGCGGUUAGCAUGAUGCGAUUGCAGCGCCAGCGACCCGAGUUCAAUUCCCAUCGCUGUCUGUAAGGAGUUUGUACGUUCUCCCCAUGUGUCUGUGUGGGUUUCCUCUGGAUGCUCCGGUUUCCUCCCACAUUCCAAAGACGUAGGGGUUAGGAAGUUGUGGGCAUGCUACGUUGGCACUGGAAGCGUGGCGACACUUGCGGGCUGCCACCAGAGCACUCAGCGCAAAAGAUGUAUUUCACUAUGUGUUUCGAUGUACAUGUGACUAAUAAAGAA